CGACUUCACUGUUCCGCGAGGAACUCUAAUCUAUCUACGAGAGUCUGUAUCUAUGCAUACUGAACGUGUCCUUUGUUCCAGAUGUCUCAUCUAGAAUCCUGGCAUAUUCUCUAUAACACUAAUAUAGUUACAUCUGAUCUCAGACUCCCCCGCUCUCCCCACAUCCUAAUAGUCCCGUAGAGUCCCAUCACGGCUCGAUCCGGCCGGCAUACGGGCGUUAAAUUGCAUUGCCAAGGAACGGUAACCCAAGUUUUUUCAAUGCCGAGUUAGAAAGAUUAGGUAGGUGGUUUUGGAGACUGACUAAUGUGCAAGUCCUUACGAGGUUUAAAUCGAGACUGUUCCACUCACCAGACGCAGCUAGUAGGAGACUUGAAGGGACCAGUAACCACCCAUAGAAAAUUAGGAAACAUGAGCGUUAUAGAAAAGCUCAACGAGGAGGUUCAACACCAGGGGGAAAUAAUUACGGAUGCGCCAGGGAGCUGCGGUGUCGAUGAAGAGCAGGCCGUCUUGUUUAGACAGUUUUCUGCGGCGAGCUCGGAUUGGCAUCGCGAGAUAACAAAGAGGCUCACUAAGAAAGUAGACCUUCGUCUGCUUCCGAUGCUAAUGUUGAUGUACAUGCUCAACUUCCUUGAUCGAAGCAACCUUUCACAAGCUCGUCUCGGGACGUUAGAAUAUGAUCUUGGCAUGACGGGCACAGACUUCAACCUAGCGACGAGCAUCCUGUUCGUCGGGUACAUCCUCAUGCAGCUUCCAUCGAAUCUUCUGAUAACUCGAGUGUCGCCCUCGGUUUAUCUGGGGGUAGUUAUGACAAUCUGGGGAGCUAUAUCUGCGGCUCAGGCGGCAACUCGCACGUUUGCUUCUCUAGUCAUCUGUCGAUUUUUCCUUGGCUUUGCGGAAGCGCCAUUCUUCCCAGGUGCAAUCUUCCUAAUGUCAAGCUGGUACACUCGGCCCGAGCUGGCCCUUAGGAUCGCAUGGUUCUACUGCGGGCACUCGGUGGCGAACGCGUUUGGCGGUCUCUUAGGUGCUGGGGCUCUGGGCAAUUUGAACGGCGCCCAUGGCAUUGCUGGAUGGCGAUGGCUUUUCAUAAUCGAAGGUAGCAUAACAGUCUUUUCUGCCAUUUGUUCGGCCUUCAUCUUGCCAAACUACCCAGCUACGACGAAAUGGCUGUCUCCAGAAGAACGCGCGUACGCGCAGUGGAGGCUUAUCAAGGACGCGGGAGAGGUGGAUGUGGCCGACGCCUCGUCCAUCAAAGAAGGGGUAAUGCUGGCACUGCGCGACCCGCGCCUAUACCUAUUCACAUUGCUGCAGCAUGCGUCGCUCCUUUCGCAGACGUUUCAGUAUUUCUUCCCAACCAUACUGCAGACUUUAGGAUACGGCAACAUCGAAACCCUGCUCCUAACCGUACCCGUCUGGGUAGUAUGCUUCCUGGUUUCCUUGGUCGUGACUUAUACAUCCGGGCGCUUCGCAGACCGCAGCAUUCACAUUAUAUGCUUGGUACUGAUUUCUGUCGCGGGCAACAUUAUUGUAGUAGCCACGCUCAAUAAUGCAGCUCGUUUCUUCGCCUUAUUCCUCUUGCCAAUGGGUGCGGUUCCUGCUUAUCAGAUCCUUCUCGCCUGGGUAGCUAACAGUUUCCCACGCCCUCUGGUCAAGCGCAGCGCCUGCAUUUCCUUCGCCAACAUGAUCGGAAAUUCGGCCAAUAUAUAUGGCACCUACAUGUAUCCAUCUGUCGACGGGCCUCGAUACCUUGCCGGUGGAAGCGCCACAGCAGCCGACGCGCUUCUUGUUGCCGUCUUAGCUAUUAUCGCGAGGCUUGUGUUGCAGAGACAAAACAGGAAACUGGCUAUCCGCGAGGCUUCCGAGUCGGACGAGCUCCAGGCGCAGCCCGGUAGCCCAACUACAACUACUCCAGUUGGCUUCAGGUAUAUGCUCUAAAACUAACCGGGCUACCCCGUUAAGGAUUGCAUACCUUAGUCUAUCCAGCAUGCAGGUCCUUUGCUGCGGAAUCGGGGAACUAGAGCAAGUAUAUAUACUAGGUAUAUAUAUAUAUAUAUACGAGGUUGGGCAUUGAUGUGUGGCGUAUUCUCGAGUGAUCCAUGGUCAUACUUUACGUUGCCGAUCUUUCAAUAGACUUUCUGAUGGCUGGAUUAUAUUAUUUGCAAUU